AUGCUAGCAGAAAAUCAGACGGGUAACCGUAUAAAAGCCAUACGAAGCGACAACGGUCGUGAGUACCUGAGCGAUGUAUUUGAACAGUUCUUAUCGAGUCAUGGAAUAAAAAGACAACUCACUGUUCCCCACACUCCACAACAAAAUAGUGUGGCGGAGCGCGCCAAUAGAACCUUGGUGGAGAUGGCGCGAAGCAUGAUAGUGCAUGCUGGAGUUGGCGAAUCUUUUUGGGGCGAGGCGAUAAUGACGGCUGCCUAUUUACGGAACAGAGCAGAAACUGCAACUUUGCCUGACAAUACUCCAUACGAGGUUUGGUAUGGGAAAAAGCCGAGCGUAUCUCAUCUUAAAGUAUUUGGUAUGAAAGCUAUUGUAUUAGAUAAAACUCAUAAGAACAAGUUUUCAGCGAAAGGCAAGCAGCAUAUUUUGGUACUCCGUUACUCCGAGACUGCCAAGGCUUAUCGUCUUUACAACCCUGUCAAGAGGACCGUAGUAGUAUCCCGAGAUGUCGUGUUUUUGGAGCACAAGUUCAUGAAAGAGUUGGAGCACGGUCGAGAAUCAUCAUGUGAGUCAGAUGUGGUAAUCUUUCAGCCAAGUGAAAAACUUGAUUGCGUGCAUAAUGAUGAAAUCCAAGAAAAUUCUGAGGAGCAGCCAAUUCCAAUUAUUGAUGAGCAAAGUGGUGACGAAGAAAAUUCUGUGGAGCAGCAAAUUCCAAUUGUUGAUGAGCAAAGUGGUGACGAAGAAAAUGCUGAGGAGGAGCAUCCAUAUACCCGAAGAGGCCCAGGGAGACCAAAGAUUGUUCGCACUGAGAGAGUUAUCGGUUGUAAAUGGGUUUUUACCACCAAACGAGAUGAGAGUGGCAAAGUUCAGCGUUUCAAGGCAAGAUUGGUCGCAAAAGGGUGUGGUCAACAAUAUGGAAUUAACUACAAGGAAACCUUUUCCCCGGUUGCACGUUAUUCCUCAAUCAGACUGGUGAUUGCGUUGGCGGUGGAGCACGAGAUGCACUUGCACCAGAUGGAUGUCUCUGCAAAACACCUCAAUAGUGAGCUACAAGAUGACGUUUAUAUGCGACAACCUGAAGGUUUUGUCGAUGCUGAUCAUCCAAGCGUGUACUCAAGCUACAUACGGCUUGAAACAGAGUGGGCAAAAGACGACGUGGCCCACAUAAAGCAGCUCAUAUCAAACGAAUUUGAUGUGGUCGUCGGCGGUGAACUCCAUCAUUUUUUGGGAAUGGAAAUCGAGCGAGAUGGCAAGACUGGCAAUGUCUCCAUAGGCCACAAGCAGUACAUCGAAGGCUUGUUGCAUGAAUAUGGUAUGCAGGACUGCAAGCCGAACGCGACUCCUCUAGAAGUUGGGUUCCAGACGAAGUGCGAUAGCGAUGAUUGCGGUCAGGUGGACAAGACACGCUAUCAGUCACUCAUUGCAAAACUGGUGUUCCUAUCCACUGUUUUGUUGAUGUGGACUGUGCUGGCGAUUAACGAUCGGAAGUCGUUCACCGGUUGGUCAUUCCUUAUUGCUGGAGCGGCGGUGUCAUGGGAAUCAAAGAAGCAAAAUCUGGUUGCCCUCAGUAGCACGGAGGCCGAGUACGUAGCACUUUCUACAGCAGCCAAAGAAGCGAUAUACAUCAGAAAGCUGAUCAACGAGAUGGGAUUCGGGCCGAUGGCGAAGCUGCUAAUUUAUAGUGACAACCAGAGCGCACAAUGUCUUGCUAAAGAUGCCAAAUUUCAUUCACGUAGCAAGCAUAUUGAAGUGAUGACAGCUGCAGCUGUACCAUCAACACUGGUGAAAUGUCUGUAUCUUUUCUUCGAUUUACCCGUUGUGGAUGACGGACCACUUGAGAAUGGAGCCGCAAUUAGUGAUUUCAAUGCACAGGAACGUCGUACAUUGCUGCAAAAGGUUUUUGUUCAAUUGCUGGUCAAAUUGUGCUCCUAUCCCUAUCCCGCCGAUGAGUUAGCCCGCAUGGAUGAUUUAACGUUAUUAUUCUCAGCCAUAACGUCACCAUGUCCCAUACAUAAUAUUGUAUGGCGUAAGAAUGCAGCUGAAAUCUUAACAACUAUAUCAAGACAUGGUUUAACCGAUCCCGUUGUUAGUUAUAUACAUUCCAAGGGCUGCAUGGCUCUGUGUGUGGACAAUAUGCAACGUUUGACUUUUGGCAAUCCCCUGGAAAUUGUUGAGAUGUUUGUCACUGUAUUUUGUUUUCUCAAAGAUUCUAGUCAAGUAUCACAGAUACUAAUGGAUGAUUUUCGCGCCUGA